AUGUUCGCAGCAAUUUUGCUGCUCAGCGCCCUUAGUUUGCUUCAUCAUGCUUUCGCUGCACCGUUGAAGCACGACCCCUCAAGUGAUGCUUCACACAAGGCAGAUGAGCAUCGCCAGCUGGAGAGAUUGAAUUCGGCCAUUCGUGCACACAUGCGUCAUUCGCAUAGGGCUUCGAAAGGACAGGAAUCCGUCGCCGAGCGUGCCCUAAGACCAUGGGAGGUUCUUGUCCCUCAUCCUGUGGGUCCCCGUCCCAACCCCCGCCCCGGUUCUCCGCCUAGCCUUGUGCACACCGGGCGUCCAAAACCCCUAGGUCCUCGACCGAUGCCAAGGUCAAUAGGCGAGCUGGGAGAGGAACUUUUGGAUUGA